UUGAUUUGAUUGAAAGUGCACAUUGUGAAGGCUCCAUUCAUGUGAUAUUCAUUUUUGGUGAACAAUUAUGGCUUUGUCUAGAAGUAAAGAGUACAAAAAGAAAGCUGAAGAGUUUUUGAAAAACCGAAAGAAUGCCAACAACCUUGUGGAGCUUGCAGCAGAUUUAGACGACCCUGCAUCUGCUUACAUCUCAAAUGUUCUUGCUAUUGAUCUAGUCUUCUCAAAACUCCUUAGUCGAGGUGAUCUGUCCCCACAAAUAUUGAGUAGUGAAGAUUCUGUGGAAAUUGAGUAUCGGAACUGGUUGAAAGAAAACUACGACCUCUGUUUUUCAAAAUUACUUCAAUUAGUUAUAAAAGGUCAAAAACAUACUCUUCAAGUGGAAACUCUAUCUGUGAUUUUUAAAUUAAUUGCUGCUGAGGGAAAAUAUCCUGUCGAUGAUGGAAUCAAUCCCAAGCAGUAUUAUUUUCCUAUCCACAGGUUGCAGCAACUAUACUCAGCGUUCCUCUCAUCUGAUAGAAGUAUUAAGAAACUGUUGCCUAAACUUGAAGAAAUGUUCUCCUCCUUCCUGGAUGUUGUGUAUUUCUCAUGGAUGGCCCUCGCUGGAGCAGUUUCCGCUGUAAAAAAUCCAUCUGAAGUAGCAGUCAAGAAUAUAUUACUUUUGAUUGACCAAUUACCAACUGCAAAAACAGAAGAAAAAGAACUUGAGAAAGCUUCAAAGGAAAAUCUAGAUGAGAAUUUGCUGUGUUUCAUAAGAGGCAAGAAAAAAUUCAAAGCAGACAUGGAUGUUUUACGAACAUCGGUUACCAAAGUUUGGUGGACAAUAAAAAACUGGCCUCACACUCCAGCAACAAAGUUGCGGUUACUGACUGUCCUCAAUGAGCGAAUAUUGCAUAACUUAGAGAAACCUCUUACUCUGGCGGAUUUCUUAACAGACUCUCUUGAUGAUGGAGGUCCAGUUAGUGUAUUAGCGCUGCAAGCAAUUUUUGUCUUAAUCGUGAAGCACAAUUUUGAUUGUUCAAAGAUAUUCAAGAAACUCUACGCACUGUUUGAACCUAAUAUCUUCCAUACCAAGUACAAGGCACGUUUGUUCCAUCUCUCAAAUAUCUGCUUCUCAUCAACGCAUCUUCAAGAAAAUUUAGUCGCUUCAUUUAUUAAAAGAUUGGCAAGGUUAAGUUUGACAGCCCCUGCUGCUGAUGUGAUAAUUAUUGCUGCAUUUAUAGGCAAUCUGAUCAUCCGUCAUCCAACGCUUAAAAGUUUAAUUCAUGGUUCCUCCGAUACUAGUGUCGGCUGGGAUCCGUUUUUAGCUGAAGAACCAGAUCCUGAAUCGACUCAUGCUCAAGAGAGCUCCUUGUGGGAACUAAAGACCCUUCAAUCACAUAUUCUACCGAAUCCUGCUCACUCUGUCAAGUUUAUAGAUCAGAACUUACCGUCUCUUGAAUGGGAUUUAGGCGAACGCCUGGACGGCUCAUACAGUGAAAUGUUUGACAAAGAAGUGAAACGAAAAGGUCACUAUUCUACUACUUUUGAGAGACCCACUGGUUUGUCUUUACCGAGAGGAGAACAGCUACUCAAUUACUGGAGCUUAUCAUAAUGAUGUAGAAAACUGUUUUUAGGUUAAGGAAGCUUAUCAAUAAAAAGUUAUUCUGUAAGUAA